AUGUUCUGCGCGAAGCUGAAGGAGCUGAAGAUAUCCGGAGAGUGUCCGUUCUCCAGCCGCGCCGGGCGCGACGAGCGCGGAGACUUUGAGGAGCGCUCAACUGACGCUGCGGAUGUGCUGCCGAUUUCUGAGGACGUGCACGGAAAAACAGGCGAGGAUCUACCUCAGCAGAAGCCCAGCAGAGCCAAAGUUAACCUGCACACGCUCGGGGAGAGCAUCCGAAAACUGGCAUGUCCCGAGUUUGAAAGGCUGCAUGCUGCCCUCCGACGACUGAUGAGGCUGUCGGACCACAGCAGGGGCUCUGGCAGUCCGAUAAUUUGCUGUGCAGACUCUCAGAGUUGCAGCGACGAGCCAGAGCAUUUAGUGGAAAUGAUGAACGUUUACUCAACCAAAACAGAAACCCAGAUGGAAGCUCUGAGAGUGGCUCUUGGCGAGGAGCUCUUCAACAUGUGUUACGAGGAGGACGGACACAUUUUGAGGGUGGUGGGGGGGGCUCUCCACGACUUCCUCAACAGCUUCAAUGUCCUGCUGAAACAGAGCAGCGCGCCGCACAGCCCGGACAGACAGGAUUGUGUAAACGAACCUUCGGUUCUGUGCUUAGACAAGGACCUGGGUCUGCUUACUGUCUAUUUCUUCAACCCCCGCCCAACCACUGAGCUCUUCUUCCCUGGAGUCAUCAGAGCUGCUGCCCGCCUGCUGUAUCACACAACUGUGGACGUGCUGAUGGACCCCCCCGGUGCCAAAGACACCAUCUUGCAGUCCAGCCCGCAGCCCAGUCUUCUGUACACAGUCGUAGUCAAGGAUGCUAAAAAUCUGAGCCCCAGUCCGCUGCGGGCCACCUCAGCCGGGACCCUUCCUACCUCUCUGUUCUCCACCAUCUUCCCUUUCCAUCUGAUCCUGGACCAGGACUUGGUUCUGGUACAGAUAGGACAUGGGCUCAGGAAGAGACUGACCAGGAAGGACGGACUGAGGCGGUCUGCUACCUUCCAGGAACACUUCUCUAUUGUCUCUCCCCAGAUCAGAUGCACCUUUCAGGGUAUUCUGACCAUGCUAAACACACAGUUUAUCAUUCGGAUCAAGCACGGAGUCUCCACCACAGAUAACACAGGGAAGCUCACGGACCUUAAAGGUCAGAUGAUCUACGUUUCCGAGUCCAACGCCAUCUUGUUCUUGGGCUCGCCGUGUGUGGACAAGCUGGAGGAGCUAACGGGCCGCGGCCUCUACCUGUCAGACAUCCCCAUUCACAACGCGCUGCGUGACGUGGUGCUGGUCGGCGAACAGGCCAAAGCCCAGGACGGCUUGAAGAAGCGGCUGGGGAAGGCCAAGGCGGCCUUGGAGCACGCUCACCGAGCCCUGGAGGAGGAGAAGAAGAAGACCGUGGACCUCCUGUUCUCCAUCUUCCCCGGCACGGUGGCGCAGCAGCUGUGGCAGGGCCAAACGGUCCAGGCCAAGAAGUUCGAGCGAGUCACGAUGCUCUUCUCCGACAUCGUGGGCUUCACGGCCGUCUGCUCGCGCUGCACCCCGAUGCAGGUGAUCACCAUGCUCAAUGAGCUGUACACCAGGUUCGACCACCACUGUGGAGAGCUUGAUGUUUACAAGGUGGAGACCAUUGGGGACGCGUAUUGUGUAGCUGGUGGCUUACACAAGGAGAGCGAGACUCACGCUGUCCAAAUAGCACUCAUGGCCUUAAAGAUGAUGGAGCUCUCAGACGACGUUAUGACGCCAACUGGAGAACCGAUACAGAUGCGUAUCGGCCUCCACACCGGUUCAGUGCUGGCUGGCGUCGUUGGGGUGAAGAUGCCGCGCUACUGUCUUUUCGGGAACAACGUCACAUUGGCCAACAAGUUUGAGUCCUGCAGCCAACCAGGAAAAAUCAACAUCAGCCCUACAACCCACAGAUCGCUGAAGGAUCGGCCAGAGUUUGUGUUCGUUCCCAGGAGCAGACAGGAGCUUCCGGCCAACUUCCCAGAGGACGUCCCUGGUGUUUGUUACUUUUUGGAGGCCUCCUCCAAAACUUCAAGACUGACUCUGAAAUGA